AUGGAGAAGCCUUCAACCGAUCAACCCCGAGAAACAAAACCAGAGGCGUCCAGUGGAAUUGAAAGUCUCAUCAGGAUCCCUGAAAUAAAGCGACAGGACCUUGGACUCAAGGUUCUGUAUGAGAAUCAAGAUGUAGACGAGAUUGAGGUUGACAUCGUGGCUGUCCACGGUAUCAUGGCCGACCCGAACACGACCUGGACCCACAAGAAAACCAACACCAAUUGGCUUUCUGACCCAUCAAUGCUCCCAGAAUCGUUGAAAGGCCACAAAGCAAGAAUCAUGAGCUUCGGAUACGACUCAAGAUGGUUCGGAAAAGACUCUACGAGGCAGUCUCUGUACAACCUUGCCGAGGACUUCUUGUACCAGUUAAAUCAGACAAGAGAGGCUUACAAUAAGUCGUGCAUGCAACCUGGAGACUUCCCGGGAGUUUGGCAGUCAAUGAGAGGAAUGGUGUUUCUCGGGACGCCCCACUCUGGUGUCAACGAAGGCUCCUCCAUGUCCAGACAAGGCGAGAUUUAUGCGGCUAUUGCUGCUAGCAAGAUGGAAAUACAAGACAAUGUGUUGCAGUCUAUUAUGCGGGACAAUGAUGUCCUCGAGAGCACCCGCGCCGAAUUCACAAGGAAGGAGUUUCUAGUUGUCAAGGAACACUUGAAGCACGAAGAACAGUGGUUGAUGGUUCUGGAUGGUCUCAACGAUGACGAAUCCCUGCAUUUCACCAACUCAAAUCCUGGGCAAGAGCCAAAGCCACUUCUGUCCUUCCUGCCCAAGCCUUCGGACAACCACAGGCUGCUGAUAACCACUACGCAAAGAACCUUGGCCCUUCGACAAAUGAAUUCGAAAGACAAGAACGUUCUAUCAGUCGGUGAUCUGACACGGGACGACGCCUCACGCCUUCUUCUUGGAAGGGUCGCCAGUAGCUCUACUAACGGAAAGCGUAUCGGAGAGAUCAUCAGCAUUGUUGGUGAUUCCGCCGGUGCACUCGAGCUUGUGAGACUCUGUGGCAUUUUCACGCAGACAGCCUUUUCUUCUCAGCUACUCGACCUCUUGCGCAAGAAUUGCAAGGGGAGCGAGGAUGGAGAAAGCCCAAAGCCGGCUUGGAGCCUACUCUGGAAUUCUCUAAAGGCCAAAAACAGUGAGCUGGCAUAUUGGUUCCACGUAAUCGGACUACUGGAUCUCCAAAUGAUACCCAGUAUCUUCUUCUCUAAUAACGAGAGGAAGACUUUACUCGAAGAGCUCACCAAACUGGGCUUGGUGGAGCAUUCUGAUGGACGAAGCUUCUAUCGAGUAACAGCAUUCUUUCGCCAAUGCCUUGAGUCUACAAUCACCGAGAAGCAGCGGAUGGAUGCAGAGGCUGCAUUGAUGCAGUCCGUGAAUACAAAGUUCAUUGAUGACGAGCGAAGUGUUCUCCUUCCAGUUGCCUUAGCCGCUUUAAAGUUGAAGGCCGGCCGUCCAGAUGCCAAGAGAGGACAAGAUAUCUUACGCGAGAAGGUGGAAAGCUACCGAAAACAACGCCAGAGCAGCUUGAGCCCGGAUAUUGGGUAUCUUCCUGAUGAUCCUAGGCGGCUGUCAACGAGCUACGGUUGGGAUCAACUUCGUCGAAGCACCCUUGAAGGCUCAUUCAACCAGCGCACAGGCCUUCCUAACUCUCAUCAGCGUUCUAUCUCUGAAGAUAGCAGUGGGUGGCCGUCGUGGCAGCGUCUGCAGCGGAGGUUGAUGGAUCCAGAAUGGGAGAAGAGGCGUGAAACACUCAGGAAGGACAGUAUCGCCGCUGCUCAAAUCCUGUCUCACGGUCGGCCACCGAACGGCUCUGAGGAUGCAACAAGUAUCUACAGACGUGUGAUCGACGGCUACUCCGCUGAACCCGAGGAAUACCUCAAGUUGGCAAGCUUGCAAUACAACUUGGCCAUCGCACAAGGCUCAGAGGGAAUGGUAGAUGAUGCCGCUACCACAUUUCGCCAGGCACUCCAGACCAUCCUUUCUGGUGAUGACCCCAGAACUCGGAAUAUUGAGGCUACGAAGUUGUACUACCGGAUCUACACCGACCUUGCAAGCAUGUACGUCUCCGACGGGCGCUUCGCUGAAGCCGAGGAGACAUUCAUGCACUUUCUUCCAAGUCAGGCCAAAGACCUGGGACAAGACAGUCAACAGACUCUGAAGACGCGACAUGAGUUUGCUCGCCUACUUCAAGAACGUGGUCAAAGCGAACUUGGCGGCCAGGAACUUGAGAGAAUUCUCAAGGCCAAUGAGCGUGUGCUUGGCAGCAACCACCGGGACACUCUUACGUCCCAGCCUGUUGUAGCAUGA